CACGCAGACGUUUGUAGUGUGUCAGUGAACGCGGAGUGCUGUCAGUGAACUGUCCUGCCUGUCUGAUCGAUACAUCAGCAAUUACUCAGCUCCAAUUAGUUCCCAUUAACCAGUCAGUCACUUCCAGAUCGUUGAUCUGCUGCUGUCUUUUUCUCCUCCGACAACAACAGCUGGGAUGUGUGAGUAGAAAGCCUGCUAGGCUCACCCACAGCACCCAGAGGUGUCUCCAAACAUGGACAGGAUUGGGGUAUCAUUCCUGGACCCUCUGGAUGACUACGAGUUAAUUCACCGGAUUGGGUGCGGCACCUAUGGGGAUGUGUUCAAGGCUCGUAACAUCAGGACAUCUGAACUGGCAGCUAUCAAGAUUGUCAAGCUGGACCCUGGUGAUGACAUCACAUCCAUCCAGCAGGAGAUUACCAUGAUGAAGGAAUGCAAGCACAAAAACAUUGUGGCCUACUUCGGCAGCUACCACAGGAACACCAAGCUGUGGAUCUGCAUGGAGUACUGUGGUGGAGGGUCACUUCAGGAUAUUUACCAUGUGACAGGCCCAUUAAAGGAGAAACAGAUAGCGUUCGUGUGCAGGGAAACCCUCCAGGGCUUGUAUCACUUGCAUGAAACUGGCAAAAUGCAUAGAGAUAUAAAGGGGGCCAACAUCCUUUUGACCGAGCGUGGAGAUGUGAAACUGGCUGAUUUUGGAGUGGCAGCAGAGAUCAGUGCCUCUGUUGCCAAAAGAAAGUCUUUUAUCGGAACUCCCUACUGGAUGGCUCCAGAGGUAGCUGCAGUGGAAAAGAAGGGUGGCUACAACCACCUGUGUGAUAUUUGGGCUGUCGGCAUCACUGCCAUUGAGCUGGCUGAACUCCAGCCGCCCAUGUUUGACCUCCACCCAAUGAGGGCACUGAUGUUAAUGUCCAAGAGCAACUUUCAGCCACCGAGACUAAAGGACAAAACCAAGUGGUCAGCAGGUUUCCAAAGCUUUGUGAAGAUGGCUCUCAUUAAAAACCCUCGUAAAAGGCCCUCAGCUGAGACACUGCUGCAGCAUCCAUUUGUGACACAGCUGCUGACCCGUAACCUGGUCAUUGAGCUGCUGGACAUGGCCAACAACCCUGAGCUCCACAACUCCCACACCCACAGCAUGGAUGACAACGAACUAGAGGUUGGGGAAGUGGCUCCUGACAAGAUUCAAUCAGCAGGGAAGCACCUGCCUGUGGAGAGGACCCUGUCUGAAGAGCAAUUUGACCAACUGAAGUUUGGGCCUCCACUGAGAAAAGUCACAGAGCCUUAUCCUGAUUUGCAGGGCUCCUAUGAUGAUGACUGGAGCCUAUCUGGAGAUGAAGACAACUCACCGAGCCUUUUGGAAUGUGUGGAACAAGCUCUGCAGCUGAGGAGUUUAACUAUUAGAAGGGCGCCAUCUGCUGAUGGUGGUAGGAAGAGUGGCUUGUUCAGUCCAUCUACAGCGUCUCUACCAGCCUUCAGCUCUUUAGCUCCAAACACAGAGGACAGAGACUUGACACUGAGACCGAGCUGUACACUGGGCCCGGACACUGCCAUCACAACUGACUCCACCUCCACUACAGUAUUGGCUCGGUGCUCAGCCACACAGGACAUUAGACAGCGCUGCAGUGAUCCAUGUCUGUCUGUGGGCGACGCUGUAACAGCAGAGAAGAGGGACGUUACCACUGUUUCCUCCCCAAAAAGAGAGACACCGCUGUCACCUGAAUGGAGCACACUGAGGAAAAAGACUGAGGACUCUAGGGCUGAUUGUCAUGGACUUCCUCCUACCCCUCAAGUCCAUAUGGGAGCCUGUUUCUCUAAAGUCUUCAACGGUUGUCCUCUUAAAAUCCACUGUGCUGUCACCUGGAUAUUUCCCAAAACAAGAGAUCAAUAUCUUAUUCUUGGGGCAGAGGAGGGCAUCUAUACUCUGAACCUUAAUGAACUUCAUGAAGAUACACUAGAGAAGCUCCUCCCUCAGCGAUGUACAUGGUUAUAUGUAAUGAACAAUGUGCUGAUGUCUGUAUCAGGAAAGUCCUCCCAGCUUUAUUCCCACAGUUUGACAGCUGUAUUUGAGCAGAAAGGACAUCUGCAAAAGAAGCACAGCAGUCUGUCACUCAGCACCAACCGCUUUACUGAGAGAAUCAACCCCAGAAAGUUUGCCAUAUCUGUGAAGAUUCCUGACACUAAAGGCUGCCGGAGAUGUAGCGUAGCAAGAAACCCAUACACAGACAGUACAUUUCUGUGUGGGGCAGUUCCAUCUGGCUUGGUUCUGCUGUUGUGGUAUGAACCUCUCCAGAAGUUCAUGCAUCUAAAGCACAUAGCAACAAGGCUACCAGACUCUCUGCCAAUAUUUGAGCUGCUGGUGUUGGUAACAGAUGAGUUUCCUCAGCUGUGUGUUGGGGUGAGAGACUGUAUUAAUGGGAAACCCCCAACCAGCCAGCAGCUCAAAUUUGACAUCAUUGAGCUAAACGGCACGCCUGUUUCAGUACCAGAUAGUGGCGCACUGAGAGCCAUGCAGGUAACCCAACUGGACAGAGACACUGUUUUAAUCGCAGUGGAAAAAACUGUGAAGAUUGUGAACCUGCGCGGAAUUCCAUCCAAAGAGCUGGCUGCUGAGAUGGUCUUUGACUUCCCCAUUGAAACACUAGUCUGCUUACAGGAUAGUGUGCUAGCUUUCUGGAAGCAUGGCCUCAAAGGGAGGAGCUUUCAUUCAGAAGAGGUAACACAAGAAAUUACAGACAAGAGUCGGGCGUUCAGAGUUUUGGGAACAAACAGAGACAUCAUCCUUCAGAGCACACCGACUGAUGACCCCUCUGCACUGAGCAACCUAUACAUCCUUACUGGACAUGAAAGCAGCUACUGAGAGAGAAAAUGAAUCAAUUCAAUAGAAAAAUACAGUCUGUUCUAUAACCUUGUGGUAGAAAUUUUGCCCUGUUUCCAUGAAGCUGUAACAGAUGCAGCAUGACAAAUGUCAGGAUAGGAUUCAGUUGUUCAUCCAAACUCAAACUGUAUUUUGUCAUUUACAGGAGAGACUUUUCAACGUGCUCUAGUCAGUUUCUAAUACUUGGAGGUGCCAGUUAAAAGUGCAAAAGCCAAGAUUUUGAUGUAUCGUUCGUAUUAUCAGCCUAAAUCACAGCAUAGUGGCAGCAGAGGAGACCAUUUUAUUCCUGUUAAAAGAAUCUGCUGCUGUCAGUGUGGACCAUGGACUGUAAAGAAACAUGAACAUAACAUUUAUGACAUCACACACAAGUUUCUGAACUGAUGUUUUGAAGCUUUUUUUGUGGGUUUGCUGCUUGCUGUUGUCUUUGUUCCUGGAACCAGUACAUUUGGUCAGCUGAGGAGAGAUGAUCAAGAUGAGUGGGAUAGACUGACACACAGCAGGGAAAGUGAUAAAAUGUAGGACUUUCUCACGUAAUUUCUGUGGUGCCUGAGAGUUUUUGGUGCCAGCAUCUAGUGUACAUCAGUGGUACUGCAGCAUAAAUCAUUUUGACUUUGGCUGCACCACUCAGCCAUAGGGGUUGCCUUUUUUGGGUGUAAUUUUUUCCACACAGUAAUGUGGUCCACUUACAGUAAUUAUGCACAAAUACUGAAUUAUAAUCAUAACUGGUUAUUCUGGAAUAUAUAUUUGAUGAUGUGGGAGCUCAAAUUUGUUCAAGAAUAUUAAACCCAAAAGGAAUGGAUAUAGCACUAUAUUGUUGAUGCACAGCAGCUUUAACCAUUAAAUGUCCAACACUGCAAUCAUACAGGGACAGGAAUUUGGUUUAAAUAGGUUCAACAAAACAAACCCAAAUCUCACAUUGCAUACAAUCACCACAAUAGGACAUAGAACAAGUGGUAAAAACCAAACAAAAAAAAUUAAUUGACCAUGAUUAGGAAAAGUCUUUUCACUUGAAAGAAUGCAAAGUGGACAGCAGCUGUAUUCUGUCUAUGAUGUGACAUCACUAUUCAAAACAUGGUCAUAAAUUCACCACUGAUAGGCUAGCCAGCAUUUAACCAUAUUUUGAAAAAACUGUGGAGAAUAAAUUAUAAAUCCUAUAGAGGUCAUAUUUCACCAUGACACUUUAAACAAUUACAGUUAAAAUGAAGCCUCACUGCACGUCUGUGUAAAGUAUGUGGUUGUAUGUGGACUCAGACUAGCCAGUACAGCAGUACAUUCUUACUUAGAAACACAGUAUGUUGUGGGUUUUUAGGAAAACAAAUAAAAGAGAUCUACAGCAAAGUCAUCAAAGGCAUUACCUAGAUGUGGCUGGCUUAAAGCAGCAGAAUGUUAGCGCAAACAUAAGCAAAAUCACUUUUCAAAUGUAUAUUUUUAGCGAGUACCACAUUAAAAUACAUCUUAAAAUCUUGUGAAUGUGCUAGCAUGGCAGAUUUUACAUUUUGUGUCACAAUGUUGAGAGAUCCCCAAGUAUUUGAAUUUUGAAGAGUCACAAAUAGGUGCCAAGCACACCAUUAAAACAUGACUGUAUGUCCUUCUUCCUAAAUAAUUCAACUUACACAUAGGAUAAAUGUACAUUCAAAUACAUGAGGUGCCAUAGUAAGUGAAUGCAAUUAAAGAUACUUGUGCUUGUUUGACUAAAAUGUAAAUUCCACUACAUUAAAGUUUUGUGUGUAAUGAUAUUUAUGUUAUUUAUGGAAAGGGACCUGUAUAACACCCAUCUGUCCCUGAGAGAUACUUGAAAGACAGAAUAUGCAUAUGGAUAUUUGUUUUUUAAGAUGUUUUUAUUGUUAUUGUGUGCAGAUGUUAUGUAUAUAACAAUACAGUAUGCUCUUACAGCGUGGAGAGGUUGUAAUAUGAAAAAUAAAGACUUUAAUAUCCUUUGAAGCUGAA